AUGACACGGCUGUAUAAAAGCUCAGCGUCCGGUCAGCGAGUGACCACAAACCCACCCAUCUCCAGGAGGAAGCAGCCCCACUUCAGUGCAACCAUGAGAACUCUGCUGGUUUGCGUCCUCAUCUCGGGCCUGUUCGGCGCUUUGCCCGCCGCCCCUUCUCCUUACCACGCUUUCUGCAGCGCCCUCUGGCUCUUUGAGACGCCCUGCGCCAAAAUCAGCUUCUUGCUCGAGAAACAGAUCGAAGACUUCAGCCCUCAGUAUCAGCUUGUGUCGGCCACCCCUGUGAUCAUAAAAGCCAACCACACUUCUCUUGAUGGGCUACAGGCUGAGAACAUCACCUUCACUUUAAUUCCCACCAUUCUGACCAGCAGCUGUCGCGUGUCUGGUCAGUCUGUUUCUCUGAACUUCACCACGCUUCUCGACGGCGGACUCAACUACUGCAACCUCUACAAGCUGCUGGCCGCGAGCGGCCUCACCUCAGACCCGGGCUUCACAGAGAUGACCAACGUCUGGGCUUGCCCUGGUUAUGGACUCUCCUCCUGCACGGCCUAG